AUUCACAUAUAGCUAAGAUUCAAUUGAACAAAUAAGCUCUGCUAUAUUUUCGUUUACCCUGUGCCCUUGGUGCUUUACAUAGGCUAGCUACCUGUUCAUGGACCCUAGCCAGACGGUUCUGCCAGCUCCGGUUCAAACUCUCUCCGUGCCUUCUUGCUCUUCACCAUCGGGUCAUUCUCCUCCUUCCCCUGCAUCGCGCUCCUUCGAUGCCUCCUCAGUUUGUAGUACUUUCGGAUUGUUCGAGACCCUUUAUCCAAGCAUUUCGCGAACCACGGACUGCGCGACUCCUUCCUCUUCUUCUCAACCGAUGAUAUUUCGAGCCACCGGUGCUUCGUCAUCAACGAAACUGGAACCCAAAUUCCAGUACUUGCCAGGUGUCUCCAACAAAUCUCUCAUAUGUCCGUCUCCUUCCUGCAAAUCACUGCCGCAAGCGAGCGUAGUCGUGGACAUACCAAGGCCUCUGGAAUCGCUGCAGAGCUCUCCGAUUCCGCCAUUCCUCUCGAAGACGUACGACAUCGUUAACGACCCGUCACUGGAUCGCUUCGUUUGCUGGAGCCCGGCUGGUCAAAGCUUCGUGGUGUGGGAUCCAGUUGAGUUUUCGAGGGUAGUUCUUCCCCGGCAUUUCAAGCACGGCAAUUUCUCGAGCUUUGUUCGUCAGCUAAAUACUUAUGUGGGUAUUUUACAUUGUUCCCCCAAUCUUGUCUUUCAACAUUUUUAUUUAGAUGUUUCUUUGUGUUUCAUUUGUUCGCUUACAUACUCAGUGUUUUGGUUUAUUUGCUGUAUAUUUGAUGAUGUAUAUUGUUUUGUUUCUGUAUAUCUCCUUCUCUUUUCCUUUUUAUCAGCUUUUUAUAUGGUGUAAAUGUAUUUUCCCCCUUUUUUAUCUGUUGUUGUAAGCGGGCCAUAUAUGUUACUGUUUUGUAUUUUAAUUGAGAACAUGUUUGUAACACGUAAGAGUGUGCUAUGUAAUCAUGGAAUUUCAAAAAUCAAUGUAACAGGACA